CAGCAGCCGCCAGGAGCGCGCAUAAAAGAAGAAGAUUGCAGCAGAGGCGCAGAAGGAGACUUGAGCAGGGAAUCGCAUGCACGCUCAACACAACAAAAAAGAAAAGGAAAAAAAAAGCAAAGCAGCAGACCAACCAGAAGACCACCCCUCCUUCUCCUCCUCCUCCUCCUCCCAUCCUUGGACACACCCUGCUUGAGGAUCACUGCUUCUCUCUCUCUACUAUUUUUUUCCUCUCUCAUUACCGCCCUCCGCCGUCGCCCACGCCGUUUGGACGGAGAGCUCUUCCUCCUCCAUCGUCCUGCAGAAAGCCCCCUUCUCUUUCCUUCCUCAUUUUCAUCCUAUAGAGGGACCCCUAUACAAUCUCCAGCAGGCUGAGACCCCGCUUAAAGGCCCAGCUUGUUAUUUUUUAUCUUUUUUUUUUUUCAUUUUCAUUUUGGAACUCCCAAAAAAAGGGGUGCGACGACAGCGCCGGAGCUUGGUUGAAGCAUUCGAGAUCAACGCGCAGAAGAGGGACCUAGUUUUCCUUUCCAGUGUACGUCAAGAAUGGUUACUCAGAUAAUCAGCACCAUGGAAACCCAGGUGUCCAACGGUCCGAGCGGAACCAGCCUGCCCAAUGGCCCAGUCAUCAGCACCAACGGCGCCACGGACGACAGCAAAACCAACCUGAUCGUCAACUACCUGCCUCAGAACAUGACGCAGGAGGAGUUCAAGAGUCUGUUCGGCAGCAUCGGGGAGAUCGAGUCGUGCAAGCUCGUCAGGGACAAGAUCACCGGUCAGAGUCUGGGCUACGGCUUUGUCAACUACGUGGAUCCAAACGAUGCGGACAAGGCCAUCAACACACUCAAUGGUCUCAAACUGCAGACUAAAACAAUCAAGGUAUCAUACGCCCGACCGAGCUCGGCGUCUAUUCGUGAUGCAAACCUUUACGUCAGUGGACUCCCCAAGACCAUGAGCCAGAAGGACAUGGAGCAGCUUUUCUCCCAAUAUGGUCGCAUCAUCACGUCCCGCAUUCUAGUGGACCAAGUCACAGUCGGAGCAGGCAUAUCACGGGGAGUGGGCUUCAUCCGGUUUGACAAGCGAAACGAAGCGGAGGAGGCCAUCAAGGGCCUGAACGGACAGAAGCCUCUGGGCGCCGCCGAGCCCAUCACUGUCAAGUUCGCCAACAACCCCAGCCAGAAGACGGGCCAGGCUUUGCUGACUCAGCUGUAUCAGACGGCCGCCCGCCGCUACACGGGGCCCCUGCACCACCAGACGCAGCGAUUCAGCGUGAUCCCUUCUCUUGGAAAGGGACCAGAUCCAAAUAGCAGCUCAAAACCAAUACUCGACAAUUUACUAAACGCCAGCUACGGAGUCAAGAGCUCUCCCACUCUCUUCCCCAGAUUCUCACCCAUCACCAUCGACAGCAUGACCAGCCUCGCCGGCGUCAACCUCACCGGUCCCACCGGAGCCGGCUGGUGCAUCUUUGUGUACAACUUGUCGCCCGAGGCGGACGAGAGCGUUCUGUGGCAGCUUUUCGGGCCUUUCGGCGCCGUCACCAACGUCAAGGUCAUCCGUGACUUCACCACCAACAAAUGUAAGGGCUUCGGUUUUGUCACCAUGACCAACUACGACGAGGCCGCCAUGGCAAUCGCGAGCCUUAACGGCUACCGCCUGGGUGACCGCGUGCUGCAGGUUUCCUUCAAGACCAGCAAGCAGCACAAGGCCUGAGGGAGGGGCCCUGCUGGCGCCAGCACCUUUGACCUGCACGGGGGGGGAUACCUGAGCUCCCUGUGCCAUCACUCUAUUUAUGGGCCUGGACUGAGUCUCUCUCUGACGCUUUGUCACACAAAUCCACACUAUAUAAUCGCAAACAAACACACACACACACACACACAUGUGCAGACAUACACAUGACCAAACCGAUCCAUAGGCAAGCAUCCACCAGUCAGAGUUUCAAACAAACACACUAGUGGAGUUUUUCCUGUUCUCUUUCCACGACAUGCUAGUCCUUCCCUGUCUUUGCCUGGAUUGAAUUAGAAGGGGUGCGUAGCUGCUUUGUUGGGUAGGGGGGUAAGAGCGAUCUAUUUAGGAGACAGUCUAACGAAUGUGACAAAGAAUGUGCUUUGAUUGAAUUCAGGCAAAUGAUGGCAACUGAUGAACAAAACAGAAAAAUAAUAAGAAAUAAUAAGAAUAACGAUCGAAAAUUUUAAAUGAAUAUGUGCAAUUUACCCCAAAACUACCCCUACAUCACCUCCUGUUUUCUUGCUUGGAGAGGAUGGAGUCACUUUUAUUUUAUUUUUUUUUACACUUGGGGCAUUUUGAAAAUCGGUGACUUUUUUUAAGAUCAAAGAAAAUGAAAUGAAAAAAACAGUGUUCUCUUAUAUACGUCUAUCAAAAUAUAACUAUAUAUUCAAUAUAUAAGGUGGUAAUAAUAGCCGAAUAUGUAAGCAUUUUCUAAAAACCUUGACUACUGUUUCCUGACGUGCUUUAUUGAGGUGGCAAAGGCAGUUUCUCAACCCCCGUGAGAGCUUGUUAGCUCUGACCUAACGUGACACAGUAGGUGAGUUCAUUAAUCCGGGAACCGGAACAAAAACUAGUCUGAAGGCCAUAAGAACCUUCCCCCCCACCACUACUUCACAGAAAAACAUCACACAAACAGAAGUCCACUAGAGCAAAUAUGACUAAUCUGUCCUUGGGUUGGAUUAAGAAGAAGCAGACUGUGAACUCGGAGAUUGGUGGCGACGGCGUACUUUAGGAACUAUCUUGAUGAACUUCUGGUUUUUGCAUUGCUUGUUAAUUGUCAGACUUAAAUUGGUAUGAAAAAACUAUGACUAAAAAGUAGCUGCGUGUCUGACGUGACGGUUUUUGCUGGUUGGAAUGUUGUCACACCCUAGAAAGCCGAUUGACAGAUGACUUAACAGGUCUGCAGAGAGCUAUCACAUGAAAAUGUCAAAGAAUGUCGCUGUUAAUCGGCAGUCUAGUCCCCCUGAUAAAAAUUGCGCCACAUGACAACGACAUAUAACAAGACAUAGAAUAUCCCUUGAGGACAAAGACUAUCUGUCCCUCCAGCUUUUCAGAUCUGAUGCUUUUUACUGCCAUGCUUCGGUUUGAAUGCUGCCACACCCAAGAAAGUCCAUGUGGUCAGGAUGAUACAGGACAACUGGUAAGAUAGAUUGACCAAUGACUGCGCAGGUCUGCAGAGAGCCAUUACAUGAAAACCUCAAAGAGCGCCGCUAUUAUUCGUCAGUCGAGUCCAUUCAGGUUCAAAAAAACGACUGACCAUCGACACCUGGCAAUGUAAAGGACUAUCACUCGAGGAGGAAGACUACGUGUCCCCUCCAGCUUUUCUGACAUGAUGGUUUUUGCUGGCAUGCUUCCAUUUGACCCAGGAAUGUGGUUAGAAUGAUACAGGACUACUGACAAAACAGACUGACCAAUGACUUAGGUCUGCAGAGCGACAUCGCAUGAAAACUUCAAAGAGUGCCGCUAUUAUUUGUCAGUCUAGUCCCCUGAUAAAAUCCUCCAAAAAACGACCGAACAUCGUCCGCAAGCAAAACCAACCGGCAAUGUAAAAAGACGACCAGCCCCUCCAGCUUUGCCCAACGCGUCUCAGUUUUACCUCUUUUCCGAGGAGCGUUGAACUCCCGCCCUCGCAACUAAAAAGACGAGUGCGCAACAUCAAGACGGCAAAUGGGUGCCACAUUUGUGCUUCCGUCUGCAAACAAGAGAACGGUAUUUGGUUUAUUUGUUUCGCGCUUCUCAAAAUAUCUCCAACUCGGCUCCCUUAAGGGAACAUGAAGGCAGACCCGUCUAUCUGAAGUGUCUGUCACAGACCCGACGUAAGCUCUACCACGGGGAGGGCUCACGUCUUUCACUAUCAAGACAUCUGCACAUGAUAAUAGAUUUAAAUAGGGUCAACUAUAUUCAAGACAUUUUUUUUUUUUUUUGCUUUUCUAAAUGACGCUGUGUUAGCCAAAGAGGACGAGCUCUUUGAAAAGGAUUACAUUAGAGAUAAAUCUAUUUUUAUACAUACAAAGGAACAAGACCUUGUGCUGAAUUUUUACAGAUUCUUAAGCUUGGGGAAAAAAAUUGGGACAUCGCAUGGCUUUACUUUAAACCCUCUGAUGUUUGCAGCGCGAGGGGUGGGGAACGAGCAUGCGGUGUUCUGGUGGGGAUCUAGGGAAAGGGGGGCAAAGGAACACUGUAUCGCAGAACAACUUCAACCGCUCGCCCGUGACGAACUUGACAGUGAAGACAAAAAGAAGUGAAUCUGACGUAAACAAAUAGGUCAAGCUCAACAGGUGGGGGUAGCAAUGACUCAUGCAUCUAUGCUUUUGACUGCAUCUCUCGUCCUGAACUUGUGCGCAGUGUUGCUCUGAGAAGCUGCGGUGAGACCAUCUCAUUGCCCACAGCUGACAAACUGAAUCGCUGCUUGCAAGCGGAAAAAAAAGGGAUUCGACGCGACAAUGCGGCUUUUGCUGAGCACGAUCCUUUAGAUAGAUUUGCAUUUUUUCUGCCAAAGAGUUUGCUUUGCAAGUCAGUGUAACUUUAAUAUCCCCAGAUUAAUUGCUGUACACAUCCGUUUUUGAUGGCGUAAGGACCCCUCUGUGUUUUGAGUUCUUACGUUUUGAACGCAUAUCAUUAAAAAAAAAAAAAAAAAAACUGAUGCUGAAACAUCACAGCAGCGAGCAAAUCCCAUUUACACACAUUUCACACAGAUGGCGAACGCUAAAGAAGCCUAUCAGAAACAAGUCAUGAAUCACAUCACCUCUCGACAAAAGGAACAAUAUUUGAUACACGACACCUCCCCCAACAUUCAUAUCAUCUGCUUUGUCCCACGACCGAUUCGAUCCCUAAAAGUAGUCAGUCUUACGAUGUCGCUGCUUCAUUUCCCGCUAAUAAGGCUAAUCUUGCAGCCACAUACCAGUGGGAGCCAUGUUAGAAAGCAGUCCACCAACAACAAUGACCGUCCGUAUACACGGUCUACUCACAGACCUUCUUCACCCAUCAUGUAUAGCCCAUGAGAGCCCAGGAGAAACAGGAAACAGUACCACCACACUGCUUGAGCGACAACAAUAAUCAUUUAAAAAAAAAAAGACAAAAAAACUUUCCUAUGGAACAGUAAGUGCAAUGUGCUUUGUUUUUAUAUUGACUGAGAACAAAUGAUAUAUAUUUUUUAAAAAAGAAAUUAAACGUCACACUGAAAAGGUCUGCGGAAGAGCGAAAGGAACAAAAAAAAGAAAAAGACAAAAAAAGACAGCGAGGGAAGAGAUCAGACGCGAGCCGGCUCGUUAGGAGAAAUCAAACGAGAGCUCUGAUCUGUAAAUUUCCAUAACGACCUCCUCAGCCCCUAAUUUGUGCUCUGACCAUGCAAAUUGUCUGACUUAAUAGAGCAAUCCUCAGUGACCUUGAAAGGAAGACUGUCUAAUAUAUCAUCAGUUUUUAGCCCAUGUCAACUUCAAAUAUCUUUUUUCUUCCUUCCUUCCUGUAAUUUAUUGAUUUCAUUGACAUAUCAGGACUCACUUGUUGAAUUAGUGUAUUUGUGUUGUUGAUGUUGCCAUAGAGAACACACAUGGGUCAAGAUUAUGUUUGGUUGCAUUGAUUGGGUACGCUUUGUUAUUUCCCUUCCAUUAUCAAAUUAGUUGCAGUUUUUUACAGUGUAUGCAGAUUUUAGACUUAGUUAGAUUCUUUUCUUUCAAUCAAACUGUGUUUCGAUUGUGUUUGUAAAAGUCUGUGGUAGCUUUUGUUGCAACAUAAAAAUAAUUUAAACAGAAAAAAUUCAAAAUAGCGCCAACAAACUUGUAUUAUUUGGGCGACUUUAAGCUUGUAGUUUUAACUUAUUGUUAACUUAAAAAACUAUUUAUUAUGAUUAUUAUUAUUAUUAUUGCCUCGUAUAAAGUAUGUUUUGUGUAUAUUUAUGGUUUAUUUCGUUAUAUUUGCAAGGUUAAAAGAUUUUUAAGUUUUUGCCAAAAUUGUGGUUACUCCAUUUCGUUUCUUGAAGAAAAAAAAAGGGAGGGGAGGGGGUGCAAAUAGAAAAACAGCUUUAGAAGUACGAUUUGGAAACGUUCUCCAUAGUCAAAGAAUGCACUGCUAUAUUUAACUAAUUGAAGUGUAUAAACAUACAUGCUGUGUGCUAGAUGUUAUGCCUUUACUGCCUGUGUUCUGUUUGUCUUGUUCAAUGAAAAUCUUUUAAUUAUUUAAUCUAAUCACAGUCUUGUUUUUUUCAACCGCUCGGCGAGCCCCUGAGACAUGGGACAGCGCCCCCACCUCCUUCCACUUUGGGUAUCCAUCCAGAACAAGGGGAGGGGGGUUGUCCCUCACAAGAGGCUUUCCUGCUCAUGCUUAAUGGGUCUUCCCUAAAAAGGGAUAUUAGAGAGAAUUUAUAAUGAUCGGACAGCAAUUUCUGCAAAGAAAAAUGUUUCUUUUUGGCCUGAAAUGUGUGGGGGAACCGGGUCCAGAGCUCAGUUUAUCAAUGACAUGCAAGCAGGAAGGUCUUCUUGUAUGAAAGGUGGGUGGGGGGCGAGCGGGCCUUCAGUUUCUCAACCAACUGUAUUUUGUGUCUAUUUAUUUAGAAGAGGGGACGCAGUAUACUUAGUGAUGUUUUUCUUACAUUUUUCCUGGAAUGGUAGAACAAAUCAAAAUCGAUCAAAGUAGUGGGAACACAAAAAACACUCACACUUCCAGACAUGACCAAACGAGCAAUGAGUAAAACUCAACAAAGAGAUCAAAGAAAAAAUACAAAUAAAACCUUUCAGUUUAGUCUAGGAUAUUUACUACUGGGAUUUCAGCUGAAGACGCUUGAAGACUUUUUCAUGGAAUUGUUUGAUUAUUUGUACUUUACAUGCCAGAAAAAAAUAAAAGAUACAAAUAUGA